UUGUGAAAAUAUUUAUUACAAAUUGUAUAAAUGAUGUCUGUAAGACUUUCAGUUUUGUAGUGAUGGAUAUCAGAAAAAGAGGCCACUGGAGACUGUUAGCUAUUUUUUACUCUAACAUAGUCUGAAACUAUGAAUCAGCAUUUAAAUAAUGCAUAGUUAUAACUAGAUAAACAUGUAUCACAGGUUUAACCAAAGAUCAGUGAUGUGACCUACAUACUGUUUACAGAGGUGGUUCUCUACCAUGGGUUUGAGACCCGUCGUUUGGGUCACCAGAGAUAAACUUGAGAGGUCACUGGAUGAUUCAUUAGAAUGGGGGGAAAGAGAAAAAAAAAGUCCAACUUCAUUAUAUUUCUUUUGAACCCUUUGAGGUGUCUCUUCUUUCCCUAAAUGUGGAAAGUAAAACAAUCAAUCGAAUGUUUUGAGGGGGGAAUGAAUAUUGGCAGGUUCACGUGUAACCAAUGACUGGUGGUACUGCUUUGAUUCAAGGCAAUUUGUGAGGCAGCUGCUGGAAUAUACACGUUAAAGGUUUUUUUUUUUUUUCCCAGUGACGAAUGCUGCUGAUUUGCACAAGACCAAAUAUGAUUUGUAACAGUUAAUUCCUUCAAAGUAUUUCAGCAAGUCUUAUUUUGUUGACAUGGUGAAAGAGCUGAGCCCUCCAUGGUGAGUCUCCAAACGCUGAGCAGGAGAUGUGUUUAUCUGUGCUGAGCAUGAGUGACAUCUACUAGUGUUGACAGGUGUGCUGUGCAGGAGAAGCUCACCUCUGAGGAGCGUUACAUUCAAUUUCACCCAGGCGCUGGGAGCAGUUUACACCUUCAUGCCCCUGUCUGCAUGUGUGUCACUGGCAUACAUUAGCUGUCAUUUUUUUACUCUUUUUAAGCCUUCGAGUCAGGAGCCUCGGCUUCUUGACUCUUAGCUGCUUUGGGAGCCAAUCUUCUUAAGGAUAUCUUGUCAAGUCAUGCACGUGCAGAGAGAGAGAAAGAGAGAGUUGUAGUCAGGCAUCAUGGUUCCUUUCUGUUGACUAACCUGCUUUAAAAAAAACAAGACACACAAUGCUGCUCCCAUAUUCUACAGGCACAAAUUCAGCGGACACACUAACUUCAGCCUUUUCCUGUAUUUAUUCUGGAUAUGGAGUUAGUUAGGUAGCGAUAUCACUUUUAAUAAGGAUCAGCAGCUUUGGAGUGAGCAGGCCUGUCUGGAGCUGCUUACCAGAGCUGGUCACGCGCCAUAUGUAGAGAGACAGUCAGCAUUGCCCUCAACUCCCUCAGAGCCAACCAUUCAAACCGAGUUCAACGGCUUACCCUGGCUUUAGCAUCUGUGCAGUAAAUGUAGGGCAUAGCUGUUUGCUCGUCUGCCUGCUGGUUUAAACAAGUCAACCCAGGCACUGACUUUUAGUUGUGUUGGAUAGCUGCGCUGUGACAACAUCUCUACAUGUCCACCAUGAGGCUGAGAUCCAAGAGUAGAGAGAGAGGGGAGGGAUAUAUGGAAGAUGAUGAAGAGGUGAAAUUCGAGGAGACUGAAAUGAUUCCAAAGUCAGGAAAAUCUCCGGCAGACUCAAGGAAAAGUGUCGGCAUACAUGAGUUUGCAGCACUAGCCAGAUCCUCCUUGAAUGGCAUCUCUCAGGCAGUCAGGGAUCAUGUGACGAAGCCCACCUCCCUGGCCCAGGGUCGGGUCGCCCAUCUGAUCGAAUGGAAAGGUUGGCCCAAACCUGCAAACCCCCCUCCAGCCGCCCACUCCCACUUCAGCUCCUACAGCCACCUGAGUGAAGGAGAGAAGGAGGCCCGCUUCGCAGCAGGAGUGGCUGAGCAGUUUGCCAUUGCUGAGGCUAAGUUGCGCGCCUGGGCCUCUAUUGAUGAUGAUGAAGAGGACGACUCGAAUGAUGAGGACUCCCACACCAAUGGACAGACUCACAUCUUCUCCAGUCAGAGCUCAGACGCCGCCACGUCCAAUCCUAUCACCGGACCGCCAUGCCAGCCUGAAGUUAACGGCAGAGAGGCCCCGCCCCCUGAGAGUCCCCUGGGCCCCAGCAGUGACAGCCUGCUGUGCGACGAGCACAUUGCUCACAAUGACCCACAUUCACCCCAGACCAAUUCACCUACUUUACCCAGCGACUGCACGAGCCCCUUCCUGGAGGAAGAAGAGGAGGGGAGGCUAGGUGGUCCUGAGGGGCAGCAGGCUUCUUUGCAGGAGCAACGCAGCGAGGUCUGCAUCCACCACAAGUCAGAGUGGAGGCCUCGGGCUAGGAGCAGCAGGUUUGACUCCUGCUACUCCACCUCUCACUCAGAGUCUCCUGGAGAGGAGGACGAGGAGGACGAGGAGGAGGAUGGCAGCGUGUUUCAUGAGGCCCGGGUAUGGCAUUGCAGUCCGAGAAGCUUCUUCUCUGACAGGGCUUCAUCCGGAGUGGCAUCUUUCGAGGAAGAGGAAGAGGAGGAGAGGGAUGAAGUAGAGGAAAAGAAAGAGUUUUUGAUGUGAUGUGUUGUCCAACGUUAUGUCUCUUUGGGUCCGUGUUGAUUCUGGAUAUGACGUAACCUUUUCUGCUCUCACCGUUUCCCCCCCUCUCCACCUCCUCUUCCUCCCUCUCCUCCUUGGAUCAUGUCUUCUCCACUCUCUGCCUUCUGUCUCUCAUCCUUCAGGCCUUUCAUGAACUGAUCUCGCUCCACCGUUUAUCGCUGCUAUAAACAGUAUAUCUACAUAUAUGUUGGAGAGUUUCACCAGAAUGUUAAGCUGUUGUUCAAACUAGGUUUUGUACAUUUUAGUGACGAGUCGUGUGUUAGUAUUGUGUUUGUUUUUCUAUGGAUAUUUUGUAGUGUUGUUUUCUCUGGAUCAUGUGGGUCGGGCAAUGUUUGAUACUGAAUGUCUGAAUGUCCUGCAUAUAUAAAAAGGAUUUUUUUGGAUGAA